AUGCACAAUGUUAAUAACAACAUUUCAGUUACAGGGUUUGUUUCAGAUGCUGAUUGUGAUGAUGAAGUCAAAGUCAAAGGAAUUAUUGAAGGAUAUCCAAAUAGUCAAACAUUGCAAUCAAUUUCCAUUCCAGAUCUAGAUGAUUAUCAAUUCAACUUCAAUAUUACUAUUCCAGACAAUCUUUCGCAUGGUUAUCAUCGUCUUAAUUUUGAAUGUUGUGACAAAACUGGAAAAUGUGUUUCAGAAUAUAAAUCAUUUUAUUACGGAUUCCAUAGUCCAAGACUCAGUAUUAUCAAAAUCCCGUCAUUCCCUGUUUAUAUUGGUAAAGAUAAAUUUAUUAGAUUUGUCCUUUCUGUUUAUGAUAUGGAUGGAUUUAGUAUCAUUAGAAUUUAUCACAGGAUUCAUAAAACUAUCGGCAAUCUUGUAAACAUUACUCUUACUAAUGAAAGCUCAAUGGAAUUUGAAUAUAAAAUUCCAAUUACAAGCGAAAUCAAUGUUGGUAAACACAAUAUAUCUUUUUUUGCUUUAGAUCAAUUCGAUUUUGCUUCAUCAUAUCCUAUAAUAGAAGUUGAAUUUGGUCAAUUCAAAUCUGAACCCCCAUUGAUUUAUUCCAUUCCGAGAAGAAGAAAACGUUGA